AUGGCUCAUCUCUUUUCUUCUAAAAACCCAACAUUUCUGAUUCUCUUCUUUUUAUCAUCUCUCCUCUUUCUCACUGCCCAACAAUGCAACCAUCAUCACUUCGCUGCUUUACUCCACCUCAAGCAUGGUUUUCACUUCUCUCCUUACAGGCACAGCCUUCCCUCUUGGAAUUCAAACAAUACCGAUUGCUGCUCUUGGGAAGGCAUCACGUGCGAUGGACCCACUGGUCACGUGAUCAGCCUCGACCUCAGUGAGCUCUUUAUCUCUGGUCGGAUUGAUUUUGACAGCCUCUUUCGUCUUCGGAGUCUCCAGAGGCUCAACCUCGCUUACAAUGAUUUUGAUGGCUCUCCAAUCCCAUCUGGGUUUGACCAGCUCACCAGUUUGACCCAUCUCAACCUCUCUCGGUUGCAUUUUUAUGGCCAAAUCCCACUGGAAAUCUCCCGCUUGACCACUUUGGUUUCUCUCGAUCUUUCUCGCAAUGAAUAUAGGAAUGGUUCCGACAGUAAAUACCUGAAACUCGAAAACCCAAACAUUGGAGCCGUCGUCCAAAACCUGUCCAAUCUGAGUGAACUCUAUCUGGACUGGGUACACAUCUUACUGCAGGGCCAGACCUUAGAUUUGCCACUCCCUUAUCUCCGCAAGUUGAGCUUAAUAGAUUGCUCCAUCUUUUCUUCCCUUUCACAUCUCCAUUUCUUAUCUGAACUCUACCUCAGCUAUAACAAUCUCUCUUCUGCAGUGCCCAGCUUCCCAGGGAGUCUCCGCAAGUUGAUCUUAUAUGAAUGUGGCUCCAUCUAUUCUUCCCUUUCACAGCUCCAUUUCUUAUCUGAACUUGACCUCAGCCAUAACGAUCUCUCCUCUGCAAUAGAUUCUCUCAUUAAUCUCCAAUUCUUGACUCAUUUACGCCUCACAAAUUGCAAUUUAUCAGGAUCAUUACCACCCUCACUUUUGAACCUUACCAAACUGCAAUAUCUGUAUCUUUCAUCCAAUAAAUUGAGCGGCCCAAUUCCUUCUUCAUAUGGAAAUGAGCUUCUGAAUCUCAAAGUGAUAGACUUAGGGAAUAAUUUGCUUAACGGGACCAUUCCAUCAUCAUUGCUUUCACUCCCAUCAUUACAGAGGUUAGAUCUCACAGGUAACCAACUUAGUGGUCAACUUGGCGGGUUCCACAAUGCCUCUUCUUCACAGCUGGAGUACAUCCUUUUGGGCAACAAUAAAUUGCAGGGGAUGAUACCCAGAUUUAUCUUUCAACUUACCAAGCUUCAGAUACUUUCCCUUUCUUCCAAUAAUUUCAGUGGUGCUGUGGAGCUAGGCUUAUUUCAAAACUUCAAAAACCUUUACUCCCUGGAUCUUUCAGAUAACAACUUGUCAGUCCAAGAUGGCAGUGGUAAUUUCACAUUUGUUUCCAUCCCCCAGAUUGAAUAUUUGUUGCUACGUUCUUGCAACAUCAGCACAUUUCCAAAUUUCUUGAGAAAUCAAGAGGGGUUGAGGGAAUUGGACCUUUCCAACAAUAAAAUUAGUGGUGAAAUACCCAAAUGGAUAUGGGAGAUUCCACCAUGUUUGGGUGAGAUUGGUGGUACCCUUAGUGUGUUGAAUCUUCAAGGAAAUGCUUUCAAUGGCACCUUACUUCAUACAUUUAAAGAGGGAUGUAACAUACAAACGCUUGAUCUCAGUGGGAAUCAAUUAAAGGGCCAAGUACCAAAGUCUUUGGCCAAUUGCAAAAUGUUGGAGGUAUUAAACCUUGGAAAAAAUCAAAUACAAGACACCUUCCCUUUAUGGUUGGAAGCUUUGUCCCAGUUGCGUGUUCUCAUCUUGAGAUCCAACCAAUUUCAUGGCACCAUUGGGCAUCCUCAAGCUUUUCCACUGUUACAAAUUUUCGACCUCUCUUUCAAUAGCUUUGAGGGUAAUUUGCCAUCAAAUAUGUUCAAGAGUUGGAAGGCAAUGAUGGAGGAGGACAAAUCCCAAUCUUUGAUCCUUGGCAAAAUGAUAUCUGGUAACCGUAGUAGCGGAAGUUCCAUAUACUAUCAAAACAUAUACUAUCAAAACAAAGUGUCUUUAGUCAGCAAAGGGCUACAGAUGGAACUAGUAAAGAUCCUUACGGCCUUUACUGUAGUGGAUCUCUCGGAAAACAAAUUUCAUGGGGAUAUCCCAGAAUCGAUUGGGGUUCUAAAGUCACUACUUGUGCUCAAUAUGUCCAACAAUGAUUUAACAGGCGGAAUUCCAACAUCACUACAGAAUCUAAGGGAUCUGGAGUCAUUAGAUCUCUCACAUAAUAAACUGUCAGGAGAGAUCCCUUGGCAGCUAACAGAUCUAACAUUCCUUGCAGUGUUGAAUCUCUCACAGAAUUUCCUCGUGGGAAAAAUACCACAAAGCCGGCAGUUUCUUACAUUUAACAGUGAAUCAUUCAAAGAGAACUCGGGAUUGUGUGGACCUCCACUACUAAAGAAAUGUGAAGAUGUAGAGAGUGCACCACCAUCCCCUCUGUCAACAUUGCAAUCUGAAAGGAAAUAUGAUUGGGAAUUAAUGUGGAUAGGAUUUGGAGUUGGACAUGGAUUGUUUGUUGCAUUUGCACCUGCUUGA